CGUCAUUUAAUUUUUAAAUUGAAUUUUAAAGAAAGAAAUAGAAAAGCUCGAACCGCCAAUCAACCCGGAUCAUCUAGUUUGACGGGUCCCACGGUUUUGGUUAGUUUUUAACAAAAACGAGUUUUCCAGUUGAACUAGACCAUAAAAAUAUCUGGUUUGCAGUCCGACCGGUCAGACCGGCCAGUUCGAUGAGAACUACAACAAAUGAGUUGAAGUUUCCAUUUUUACAGCCAAGCAGUGGCAUCUUUGGAGAUUGGUUUCACUCGCCUGAAAUGCACCUUCCAUAUGCGGCUGAACCGGCGAUUCCACCGCCACCAACAGCUGCCGCUAGUCCCGCCACUAAUGACGUAAACAACGGCGGCUAUAGUGACAUCAUCAUUAUUGACGAUGUUGACGAAGAACAUACACUUCAAGGUAGAGCUGGCAAAUCGGUCGAUGAAAGAGUAAGAAAGGAGUUGUGUAGGUCACUAGGGUUGGACGAAGCACAGAUCAAGUUUUGGUUCCAAAACAAGCGCACCCAUACCAAGGCCCAAAAUGAGCGUCAAGAUAACACAGAACUGCGCCUUGAAAACCAAAAGCUCAGGAUUCAACUAUUGAAGUACAAAAAGGCCUUUGCUAAUGUGAAUUGUCACCAAUGUGGCUGCCGAGUCCCCAACCCAUUGCCCUCCCAAGAAGACGAUUGGCUCAACUCUCAUAAUAGUUAUCAUCUCCCCUCUCUUCUUGGGCACCAUGAACUUCCACCAAUAAGUAUGUCAAACCAAGCCGAGCCACCGCCCCUAGCCAGGGAAACCGGGCGUGGGUUAUUAACCGAGGUUCAGAAGAGACAACGCUUUGUGACAGAAAUCGCAAGUUGUGCCAUGGAUGAACUACUUCACAUGGCACAGCUAAAUGAGCCGUUGUGGGUCCCCUCUGCCACAACGGACACGUUACAUCUAGACAAAGAUGCAUAUACGAGGUUUUUCUCUGGGGCGUCUUCUGCGGGGAACCCAGCGGGGCCUAAGGCCGUGGCUUCCCGUGAAAGCGCCACAGUGAAGAUGGACAUUCCCAUGCUCGUACAAGCAUUUAUGAACGUGGGCGAUUGGGCAAACAUGUUUUCUAGCAUUGUCUCCAAGGCCAUCAGCCACGAAAUUCUGUCAAUUGGAGUGGCGGGAACCUACAACGGAGCUUUACAAGUGAUAUAUGCAGAUUUCCAUUUACCAUCACCACAAGUUGUGCCUCAAAGUUAUUACUUUUUGAGGUAUUGCAAGAAGAACGCGGACGGAACAUGGGCAAUCGUUGAUGCUUCUAUAGAUCAUCGACAUUUGCCUAUGUCCCAAGUGGUGGGUAGAAACUGGAGGAGACCAUCUGGGUGCCUCUUAGAAGAAGCUCCCAAAGGGUACACAAAGGUGACAUGGGUUGAACAUGUGGAGGUAGUAGAUGAGGGCAUCCAACUUGUCAAUAUUUAUAAACCUCUCCUAUCUUCUGGCCUUGCAUUUUCCGCAAAGCGUUGGAUUGAGACGUUAAAUAGACAAUGCGAGCAUUUUGCUUCCAAGAUGUCCAUAAGCCUCCCCGCCACCCCAAAUGAUAAUCUUGUGGUGAUAACCCCAGAAGGAAAAAGGAACAUAUUUGUGCUUGCAGAGAGGAUGGUAAAGAGCUAUAUGAAUGGGGUGAGCGGGUCUACAAUUCAGCCAUGGAAAGUUAUACAAGGAGGAGGAGUUGGGGUCAGUGAUGUGAGAGUGAUGGUGAGAAAAUCCAUAAGUGAAGCAGGGGUGCCUUGUGGCAUUAUUUUAUGCGCAUCGACAUCUUUUUGGCUUCCCUCGGGACCGAACAAGGUAUUCCAUUUCCUACGCGACGAACGCAAUCGAUCUCAGUGGGAUAUUCUUUCCAACUCAGGUUGUGUGAAAGAAUUAACACGCAUUACAUAUGGAAGAGAUAUUGACAAUUGUGUCUCAUUGCUAAGGGGCGAGAAUUACCCCCAAGGCAACGUGAUGAUAUUACAAGAAAGUUUCACGGGUUCGACGGGUUCCUUUGUCGUAUAUUCUUCGAUCGAUAUGUCAAGAAUGAUUGUCGUUUCCCGAGGGGGAGACCCGAAAUUGGUGUCCAUUCUUCCAUCUGGAUUUGCUAUACUUCCAGAUGGGGAAAUGGGAAAUAAAUCUGGAACCCUUUUAACUGUUGGGUUUCAGAUUCUAGUUGAUCAUGUUCCUACUGCAGAGCUUUCAUCAGAUUCAGUUCAGCUUAUUAAUAGGCUUAUCACUAGGACGGUGGAGAAGAUCAAUUCAUUGCUUUCAUAAAAUGUUAUACCAUUUCUUGCAGGUGUACAUUUCAUUACCAUUUUAAUGCAAUCCUAAUGUUUUUUUAAAUAUUCUACUCUCUCCGUUCACCAAAACACUGUCUCUUUCAUUCUCUUCAAUUCUACCAAAACACUUUCUAUUUAAAAACACUUUUACCCCUAUUUUUUCUUACCUUAACUAUCACUUCAUACUCUUUCUCUAAUAAUCUAUCCAUCACAUCUUACUUUUAUUCAUCAAGGGAAAAAAUUGAAAAGACAAUUACAAAUAUACACUCUUUAUUUUG